UGGUAUGAGAGGAAGUGAACGUUAGAUUCUUACGUUAAAGCUCCGUGUACUCGUUACAUGUCGCUUCUCAAGAAUGAGUUGUGUUGAUAUUAUGUACCAGCCAUAUUCAACGGGAUUCCCCUAUCAACGGACCUCUUCGGAGGCCGUACAGGCAUUUAGCGUUCCCAGGAUGCAUGAGCCCCUGGAUCUUGGGAGCUACACUGCCUCUGCAUCAGCAUCAUCGGCUGUCAAGGAGGAAGAUCUAGAGAAGGACUUACAGCCCAAAGAAACUCAUUAUUUGAACGCAAACUGUGUAUUAUUAACUUACUUUACUGGAGAUACUUCAACAGUUGUUGACGAACACUUCACUCGAGCUCUCAAUCAGCCGAGCAGUUUCGGCUCAGAAACACACACUCCGAAGAACCUUAUUUCUAAAGAUUGUCCUCCCAUGUCCCAGAGGAACUUCCCUCCGUCCUUCUGGAACAGCGCCUACCAACCAUCACCGUCCCUCAGCCACCACGACUUCCAGUUCUCCGCCAACCCUUACUUCUCCACGUCCUUACACGGGAUCUCUGGGCUCCACCAAGACCCCUGGCACUACUCCUUAUCAUCGCAGACACACAGUUACCCACAUCGGACAAUGCAUUAUGACUUAUCAUACCCAUCUAUGGCAGGUUCCAGCAGAUUCUCGCCCAACUAUGGGUCGUUACUAAUGAAUCCCUCAAUGAGGACUAGUCAGUUUGGUUCCAUGUCAGGACAGUGUGAUAUUAGCAAGGCGUCGGAUCCAAGUAGGCCAAGAUACCCGGAUCCAAGACUUGGCACGGAAUUCAGUACACACGCAAGCUUACCUGGCCUGGAAAGUUCCAUACAAGAGGCGGGCAAAGACUUAUACUGGUUUUAAAACAGCCCAAGCUGGACUUCAGAGUAUGUGAUUUGAGCCAUGUUGCAUUGGGGAACCCCGCACAGGUGAUAUUUGCGAAGCUAAGCUGAAAAGGAUUGGCAAAUCGGUCCAAUUACCUUCAGCGGCCAGCCUGCAAUCGUUGGCCCACGAUUCAAGAUGGCGGCUUGUCCUUCCGAGUCGAGAGAAAAGCGUCAGCUAUAUUGGUCGAAGGAUUAAGAGGCUCAGGAAAAUAAUUUGAAAUAUUUCAGAAAGUCUUAGUCACCCCGUAGCUAAGAAAACUACUGGUGUUUUCUUGAAAAGCUUGGUCCGGACAAAGAAGGGAGAAGCAAAAAGUUGCAUCGGGACACGGAACACGGAAUGAGGAUCAGAGAGUGCGAUUUCCGAUGUUUGUUGCAAAACUUGACAAUUACAUACCUUCACAUUCGAUGAACUGUUUCUGCUGAUGGACAGAAAACUGUUUCUAUGUCAUGAAAACAUAUGCAAUUAUUAAUAAUUAAUAUCACGUUCAAAGACGACUGCUGAAAGUCAUCGACCCAAAGAUGUUCCAAUUUCAUAUUUCUAUAUCAGCCACUUGAAACCAAAGAGAUUUUCUACGUCUCCUUAUCACGUAACCACACUCUUUAUUGUUCAGAGUACUGGCACAUGCGGUCAUUUAUAGUGAUAUUUGCAUUUAUUCCUUGUGGAGCUACUACUGUUUGGGGAAAUCUGUCCUUCUUUAUCAUAAAUAGUCACUAUUUUUCAAUAAUUUUAAACGUACAGUUUACUUCAUAGCAACCAAGUUUCUUUUCUAUUUCGCAUACCGAUUUUACUCUAUUGUUUACGCAUUUUAUACCCCAAAUGUGUUCAUAAGCCGUAAACAAGCUUUUAAUUAAUUUAGUGUAGUUAUUACUUACUGUAUUGAUUGAAUUAAUAGACACACUUGAACUAUAUCCGUAUCUUAAUACUACGUUACUCAACUUGGCUACUCGUUAAUCGACCUAUUUCAAAUCGAAUGAGCAAUAUCCAUAGUUUGCCAUACAUUUCUACCUGUAACGAUGUGGCAACUGUAUUCGUUCGUUCUUCUGUUGCUGUUUACAACAUGGCAGCAUAUGUACAUGUAUGUCUGUAUGUAGAAUUUAAAGUAAUAUGUGCCUCUGGAGUUAUUUAUGUGAGGUGUCAUUCGCGCAACUAAAUCAUCUUGAAAGUAAGGGGGCGGUAGGGUAGCCUAGUGGUUAAAGCGUUCGUUCGUCACGCCGAAAAUCCGGGUUCGAUGGUUGGAUGGGUACAAUGUGUAGAGCCCAUUUGUGGUAUUCCCCGCCUUCAUAUUCCCCGCUGGCGAAUUGCUAAAAGCGGCGUAAUUCAAAAAUCACUCAUUAUGAUGUAAGGUAUGAUAUACUUUUCUCAAACCAUUUCAAGCCAAACUUGAGGCAAUGUUUGUUUCUUAAAAGGUAGAAUAUUUUUGUUAAUAUUUCCAACAAAUUUGAAUCCAGUUAAUGCUGUUGUCUGAGCUAUUCCUGUCCACACUAUACUCGUCUCAAGAGUGACGUGAAGUCUCAUUUGCCAAACACUCUCAUCGGUCUUCCAUUUAUUAUAUUUAAUUAUUGCAUUCUAUUUGUCAUCACUGCCAUCGAUCACGCCAAACAUACCUGUGAUAAUAAACAUAUAUCGUUACAUCGUGCCAGUGACGUCACACCUACGUCAUCAACGUCACCCGACGUUAUGUAUGAAAAUAUUGUAUAUAUGAAUCAUCAUCAUCAUGAAAUAAAUAUCAUGUUUUCUAUCA